CACUAAUCUAAAGAUGUCAUUCGAGCACAUAGUCAUUGACGUCCAGGAUUGCCUACAGCUUGGCCCAGGAGAAGGAGGGAAGGAGGAAGGGGUUGAAGGGAUUUUGGACAUUUGUAGUCAGAUUGGAGUGAAUGGAGCAAUUGUGAGCCUUUAUUUUCCAGUUUUUUGCCAAGAAAUCGGGAAGUUCCAGAAAUUAUUAAUCCAGAAAAACAAGCCUAAAGGAAAUACAGAGACCAAUCAAGAAUUCAAAGUUAACAUUGUAGUCGGUCUCCAAUGGUUAUUCUUUGAACUAGGAUCUCAUUCUUUUGUUGGGCAUGAAAUCGUAGUCUACUCAAGCAACCCGAACUUCUUCCAUAAGCAAUUCGUUGACAUGUUCCAGCAGAAAUGUGGAAGCAAUCAGAAUAUUUCAAUUAAGCACAAAAGGAUGGAAAAGCUAUUGGAAGACUUAGAACCAUUGGAAUCUCUCGCAGAAUCAACUGAUACAGAAGAAUCAAAGACUGAUCCAAAAUUAAUGAAACACAACAAGGAGAAAAAUUAUCAAAUCAAAAUAAAAGAAGGAAAUAAAAGUAUUGAAACAAGAAACUCAGAUUCUGAAACAGUGGCUUGCCAAACAGCCAUAACAGGAUCAACUCCUUGCUCUCAAAUAGGAGAUGAAAUGGAGGAGCUUGACAUUAAAUUCAGACAAAAUAAGAACUAUAAGAAUUCACUUGUUGAGUUAUUAGAGAAAAUCCCCAAAUACUUUAACAAGACAGGAGACAAUAAUGUGAUCAAAUUCAUGAAUGGACUUGAAAAUUUAGUAAACCAGCAUCUAAAUAAAUUUCAAAAGUCAUCAAAGAUUGCUCUUUCUAUUUCUGAAAGGAAAAAUUAUUUCUUUUUUGUUAGAAAUUUCCUUCAUAAACACAAAAUCAUCGAAUGUGAGAUUCUGAAUUUAUGGGUAACCACACAUCAUGGAGACACAGAAGAGAAGAUAAAAGAUUCCUACACAGUGAAAAUAGACUUUGGCAAAAUUGAUACUGCUUUUGCUAAGCUCAAACAAACUACAUCAAAAUUCUCGCUCAAGGGACAUCAACUGGUAGACAAUAUUCAUACCUAUGGAUCAAUAUGUCACGCAACUGUUAAGAAUUUGAUAAGAAAUGAUCUUAUGAGCUCUGAUAAGCCAAUUAAUUCAGUUAAAAGUUUGACUCAAAACAUCUAUCAUGCUUUAAAGUGCAUUUAUAACUCCAAGACAGUGACUAAAGAGCAGAAGCACGUUAUAAAGAAGGAUAAGAGAGUUAAAUACCUGAUUUGUGAAAUAUUAAGAAACCGUGGAGUCUGGGAAGAAAAAGAGAAUGGGUCUGUCGAAAUCAACAGGGCAAGAUGAGAAUCUUUCUCUAAUGAAGUCGAUACUACUCCUUCUAGAAAGAUGAUAAAUAAACUGAUUUGUGAAAUUCAGAGUAUUGUCUGCCAAGAAAAUAUCAGUUCCAAUGAACACUAAGAGUUCUAGAAUAAUAUUUUACUCAAUAAUUGUCGGCCACAUUAAGAAAUUGU